CUGACACCGAGAGGACGGCUGAAGAAGAGGAGGCGAGGUGAGGAAGAACAGAGGAGGAGAAAUGAAGAGCUCACAGAAAAUCAAGAACACAUAGAACAUAAAGAUCUGAGGCUGCAGCAGAGAGGAGGGCAGCAUGAGUCUGGACGAGGACGCCCGUUGGCUGGAGUGGGUCACCAAACAGUUUGAGAGCAUCGCCGGGGACGACAAAGAGAUCGACAUCGACGAGUUUAAGACGGCGCUGAAGGUCAAAGAGUCUUUCUUCGCAGAGCGUUUCUUCGCUCUGUUCGACUCGGACGGCAGCUCCUCCAUUAGUCUGGACGAGCUGCUGGAGGCUCUCGACCUCCUGAUCCACGGCACCGAGACAGACAAACUCAAGUUCCUGUUCCAGGUCUACGAUGUGGACGGCAGCGGCUCCAUCGAUCCCGACGAGCUGCGGACCGUCCUGAAGUCGUGUCUGCGUGAGAGCGCCAUCUCUCUGCCGGAGGAGAAACUGGACGACCUGACGUUGGCGCUCUUUGAGUCCGCUGAUAAAGACAACAGUGGAGCAAUCACCUUCGAGGAGCUGAAAGCAGAGCUGGAGAAUUUUCCGGAGGUCAUGGAGAACCUCACCAUCAGUGCAGCGAACUGGUUGAAGCCCCCGGAGUCGGACCAGAAGAAGCGUCACGCUCCUCGGUAUCUGACUCGAGCGUACUGGCAAAACAACAGCCGGAAGCUUCUGUUCCUGUGUCUGUACGCCUGCCUCAGUCUGCUGCUCUUCACCUUCGCCAUGCUGCAGCACAAACAGGGCGGGGCCUGGUACAUGGUGGCCAAGGGCUGUGGACAGUGUCUCAACUUCAACUGCACCUUCGUCAUGGUGCUGAUGCUGCGACGCUGUCUCACCUGGCUCAGAGCUACCUGGGUGGUCCGGGUCUUACCUCUGGACCAGAACAUCCUGCUGCAUCAGAUCGUGGGCUACGCCAUCCUGUGCUUCACCCUGGUGCACAGCGUCGCACACAUCUUCAACUUCGUGCAGCUGUCACACAGCAGUGAGUUCAGUCUGUGGGAGUACCUGCUGACCACGCGGCCCGGGAUCGGCUGGGUGAAGGGGACGGCCUCGUUGACCGGAGUGGUCCUGCAGGUGGUGAUCUGUCUGAUGGUGCUCUGCUCCAGCACCUUCGUACGACGCAGCGGACACUUUGAGGUGUUUUACUGGUCUCACCUGUCCUACGUGUUGGUGUGGUCUCUGCUGUUGGUCCACUGUGCAAACUUCUGGAAGUGGUUCGUGGUCCCUGGUCUGCUGUUCUUGCUUGAGAAGAUCAUCGGGAUUGCAGUGUCUCGCAUUGGCGGGCUGUACAUCGUGGAGGUCAACCUGCUGCCAUCAAAGGUGACUCACCUGGUCAUCAAGCGUCCUCAGUUCUUCCAAUUCAAACCUGGCGAUUACGUCUACAUCAACAUCCCCGUGAUCGCCAAGUACGAGUGGCACCCGUUCACCAUCAGCAGCCCCCCAGAGCAGUCAGAUUCUCUGUGGCUUCACAUCCGCUCGAUGGGUCAGUGGACGAACCGUCUGUACGAAUAUUUCAGAGAACCAGAGAGAGAGACGGUCAGCCCUAAACGACUCGCCACCAGCCUGAGGGACCGCAGGCAGCUUCUCAGAACCCAGGAGGACUUGUUCAGCUCGUCAGACGGUGGCGCUGUAGCUUCUAACGAGGACGAUGCAGUCGAGCUGAUGAUGUACCGUCAGAAUGGAUCCCUGUCUGACGUGGCCCUGCCCCCGACCUCCGUAUUCCCAGGGUCAGCGGAUCCUCAGGUUGAGCCAGGACCGGCAGAGCGAGGAGAGGCUUCUCCAAUCAGAGAGGUUCCUGCCAAGCUUGGAGAGAAUCACAGAUUCUGCAACAUCAAGUGUUAUGUGGACGGACCAUACGGGACUCCAACCCGGCAGAUCUUUGCCUCUGAACACGCCGUCCUGAUCGGAGCUGGCAUUGGGAUCACGCCGUUCGCUUCCAUCCUGCAGAGCAUCAUGUACCGAUACCGACAGAGGAAGCAGAACUGUCCCAGCUGUAACUACUCGUGGUGUGAAAACAUCAAAGACAGCGAGAUGAAGUUACGAAAAGUGGACUUUAUCUGGAUCAACAGAGACCAGAAGUCGUUCGAGUGGUUCGUCAGCUUACUGACCAAACUGGAGAUGGAUCAGGCCGACGAGGACCUGGAAGGACGGUUUCUGGAGAUGCACAUGUACAUGACGUCAGCGCUCAGCAAGAACGACAUGAAGGCCAUCGGCCUGCAGAUGGCGCUGGACCUGCUGGCCAAGAAGGAGAAGAGAGACUCCAUCACAGGACUGAGGACGAGGACUCAGCCAGGCAGACCGGAGUGGGGGAAGGUGUUCCAGAAAGUGUCGGAGGAGAACAAAGGUAAAGUUCACGUGUUUUACUGCGGCGCUCCGGCUCUGGCUAAAGUCAUCAAGGCUCAGUGUGAACACUUCGGCUUCCACUUCUACAAGGAAAACUUCUGAGGACACACCUGGUGUGUGUGUGUGUGUGUGUGUGUGUGUGUGUGUGUGUGUGUGUGUGUGUGUGUGUCCGUGUGUGUGUGCGUGCAUGUGUCUUCCUGCCUGUGUUGUCAGGUGUUUGAUCAUAAAUGUAGGAAAUGUACCUGUUUGCUUAGGCCUUGUAAAAUAAUGUAUAUAACAUAACAUUUCCUGUUUUGUUGCUUGAAAAUGACAGCCAACUUAUCCGUAAUUGUUUGGACCAGAGAAGGCAGGCGGUUUUAAGGCACCCCCCCCCCCCCCCCCCCCAUGAGCGAUGGAAGCGGGCAAGAGGACCUGUUCUGAUAGAAGUGAUUGUACCCGACCUAAAAAGCCUCUGUAUGUUUCUAAUAAGCUCCACGAGCAGAAACGUGCUCAAACUAGGAUCAAUAUUGGAGAUGCUUUUUAAAAAUGGAGAGAGGUUAGAACGCAGAAAGGUUGACAGACCGAUGCAGAGCUGGAUAAACACUGAAGCUGCAGUGUCCACCACAUGACAACCUGCGUGAGCAUUGACUCUAAAGAGGAGGGGGCGGGGGGAAACAGCCCUCCCCCCGCUCUCAAUGUUUAGAAUUUGGACUGCAGUACCCAUUUGAAACACUAGGUGUCAGAGUUACAUACUGCUCCUUUAACUUCUUUAAUUAUUUGUAGUUAAAAAUUCAUUUAUUUUUUUAAACAUCUAAAAUGAUGGUCUUUUUGUGACUUCAGGGGCGCCUUAGUAAACCGCUUUUAUAUUGUUUAAUGUGAUUUCUAUAUGUAAAAAUGUUUUUUUUAUCUUUCAAAUUUAUUUGACAGAAAUCUUAUAUCAACAUUUUCACCAUUAAGCACUGUUGGUUUAUGUUUAAAGUGCUCUUGAUGUCUAAUUUCUGUCUGCUAUUGAGAAUAAAGCUGCAAAUA